CUGGCCGACAACUUCGUACGAAUGUCAUUAACUCAUAUCAUAUAUAUUUUCGCGUAUCUAGCUAGCUAUUCAUCACCUUGGCAUCUAGCCCUUAACGUUUGUUGCCUACAACCAUACCAUCAGGUGGUGGGUGGAGUUGGACCUUGCGAGCAAGUUGCCUUUCGCUAGAGACAGGCUAGUGGAGGUCUACUUGUGGUCAUUAGCAACCAUGUGGGAACCCAAACACUCCCUCUCUCGCCACUUCCUCACCAAGGUCACCGUCCUCGUCUCCACCCUCGACGACAUCUACGACGUCAAGGCCACCAUCGACGAGCUCGAGCUCUUCACCGCCGCCAUCUCCAGCUGGGGGAAGGCCAACGUCGAUGAUCAAUAUGAUCAUCUGCCGGAGUACAUGGUCCAUUGGAUGGAAGCCAUGGCCAGCGUGGUGGAUGGGAUUGACGAGAUCGCUUCGAGAGAGGGAAGGGGAUACUGCGCGGAGUAUGCAAGACUAGCGGUGAGGAAUCAAGCCAAGGCUUAUCUGAGUGAAGCCAGGUGGCUGGCGGAGAAGGUGGUGCCGAGCGUGGACGAAUACAGGCGCGUGGGGAUCUACUCCUGCUGCUACCCUCUGCUUGCAGUUGCAGCGUUGUGCGGGAUGGAUGAGACGACUAUGGCUUCCUUCGAUUGGCUGCUUGACGAUCCUGCCAUUCUCGUCGCUUCCUCGGAUAUGUGCCGUCUCAUGGACGAUGUGGUGUCGCAUGAGUUUGAGCAAGAGAGGGGGCAUGUCGCGUCGUCGGUGGAGUGUUACAUGAAGCAAUAUGGGGUGGGGAAGGUGGAGGCACGCGAGGCCAUUAACAAGAUGAUUGAGGAGGAUUGGAAGAUGAUCAACCAGGAACUGCUUGUGAAACAGUCGUCCAAGGACAUUAUUGGGUUAGAGUUUAGACCGGCGAAACAAGUUAUGUCGGUGUUUCUGGGUCUCGCACGUGUGAUGGAUGUGUUGUACAAGGAUUCUGAUGGCUACACGCACGCCAACAAAGACACCAAGGACAUCAUCACUGCUUUGCUCGUCACUCCAAUGAUCAUUUGAAUCGUCUUAUCACGAGUUUGAUCUGCAUAUGCAUGAUUGAUGCCUACAUAUAUAUAUAUUGGAGAUAUGUAUCAUCAUUUAUCUGAUAUAGUAAUCUCUUUUAACAUGUUUGAUAUGUUUCUUUCUACAAUAUUGUGGUCAUUAUAUAUUACUAGAUCUCAUAGCCUACACUCCGCGGCGGGACUUGUUUUCAUAUGUGAACUAUAUAAUGAUUAAAUAGCUGGCUGGAGUUUCGUGUGACACAAC